AUGCAAAACGCGGCGUGCCGUUUCGCUCGGCAUCGGUGGAUGUGCAAUCAGUACAGUACUGCGCUUUUCUCCAAGGGAACGUCAAAGACGUUCUCACCAAUAUCUCUCGGUCUUUCGACACAGAAUUGGAUUCACACGUACCUGCAUGUAGUAAAGGUACGUAAUCGUGUCUCUCGCCACUCUUCACUUUCAUUUCCUGUAUCACACCGCAGACUGCAGAUUUGCUAUGACGAUUCUACGCGAGACGUCGAGUAUUGGCAAGUUCUGCUGGACUGGAGCACUUUCGCAUGUUCUAUUUUGAUCAUUCAGCAAGAACUUUUGAACCGGGUCUAA